AUGCCUACUAUAGUUGAGAAAAUUGAAAAUGUUUCUAAAAAGACACACCCAGAAAUAGAAAAUAUACAAGGAGAUUUCAAAAUUUUAAAGAGUAUUGGUCAAAAACCUGUAUUUGAUUUUAAACCAUUACCUUUAAAUAUGCUGAAGAAAGUCAAAUACUGUCUUAAGACAGAUAAUUUAACAAACUAUUGUGGUGAUCGUAGUUAUUACUUUAUUGGCCCAUUAGCAAAAAUUGAACAUGCCCUAAUUCAAUUUACUUUAUCAAAACUAAUUAAGAAAGGUUUUAAAUUAGUUUCGGUCCCAGAUAUUUUACCUGAUGAAUUAAUUAAAAGAUGUGGAAUGGAUACAGUUGGAGAAAGAAAUCAAAUCUAUACACUUGAUAAUAAUUAUUAUGGUAAAAAAUGGUGUUUAUCUGGAACUUCUGAAAUGGCUUUAGCAGGGUCUUUAAUGAAUAAAAAUAUCCCUAAAAAUAAACUUCCACUAAAGCUUUGUUCAGUAAGUCGUUGUUAUAGAGCUGAAGUAUCUGACAUUGCUGAAGAAAGAGGUAUGUAUAGAGUACAUCAAUUUAAUAAAGUUGAGAUGUUUGGAGCAUGUUUACCUGAAGAAUCAGAAUAUAUGACUCUUUAUUUUCGAAGCAUUCAAGAAGAGUUAUUUAAAUCUUUUGAUUUACAUUAUCGUGUACUAGAUAUGGCCAAACAUGAGCUUGGAAAUCAAGCAUAUCGUAAAUAUGAUAUUGAAGCUUGGAUGCCUGGUCGUAAAAAAUAUGGAGAAAUUUCAAGUUGUAGUGACUGUACAAAUUAUCAAUCUGUAAGACUAAGUAUCAACUCUGAUGGUACUUAUUUACACACUGUUAAUGGAACAGCAUGUGCUAUUCCUAGAUUGAUUAUUGCUCUUGCUGAAACUCAUCAAACAGCUGAUGGAUCAUUUAAAUUACCCAAGGAACUUCAUUCUCAUGUUAUCGGACAACAUUUGUUCAAAAAUCUAUCUAAUUUUCCUAAGUUUACUCCUAUACAAGCACAUAGAUAUAAAAUGUAA